CAAUGAGAUAAGACACAUUUUAAUUUUUCAUUACAUUUACCUUUUUAUAGGGUUUUACUUGCGUUCAGCAUUGUAUUAUAAUUUAUAAUUAAUAAGAAAGUUAUUAAUUUUUACCAAACAUGCCUAUUAUGAAAGCUUUAGCUUCCAAUGUGGCUGUUCGCCGCUGGGCAUAUAAUCUUUCUGGUUUCAAUAAAUUUGGAUUACAUCAUGAUGAUGUGUUACAAGAAAAUGAUGAUGUCAAGGAAGCAUUAAGACGGUUACCAGCACACAAAGUAGAUGAAAGGUCAUUCAGAAUAAUUAGAGCAAUGCAACUCUCUUUACAAAAAAUUGAACUACCUAAAGAACAAUGGACGAAGUUUGAAGAAGAUGACCGUUACUUAAAACCUUACCUUGAAGCAGUCAUAAAAGAAAGAGAAGAGAAAGAAUACUGGGAAAAAAAUUACUAUUAGAUUUCAAUAUUCUGUAUUCAAAAUAAAAAUAUCCUAUAGUCACAAGUAAAUUCUUACAGCAAAUAUUUCAAUUAUUACUAUCAUUUUGAGUAUGUUAUACAAACUUGUAUUAUUAAACGCAAUAUAAUUUUAGUCUUCUGUCAAGAAAAAUAAAAUGAAUUAUAUCUUAUUCA